UUUCACCUUACUUCACUCUCCUCUGUAGCACCAGCACCAGCACCAGCACCAGCACCACUCACCGUCCACAGACCGUGACAGGUUCUCCUUCAACAUGGCGACCCCGCUCACUGACCAGGAGAAGCGCAAACAGAUCAGCAUCAGAGGGAUUGUUGAGUUGGAGAAUGUGACGGAGCUGAAGAAAGGCUUCAACCGACACCUGCACUUCACCCUGGUCAAAGACAGGAACAUAGCGACUCCCAGGGAUUAUUACUUCGCUCUGGCCCACACGGUCAGAGACCACCUGGUGGGCAGAUGGAUCAGAACACAGCAGUUCUACUAUGAGGCUGAUCCAAAGAGGGUGUAUUACCUCUCCCUGGAGUUCUACAUGGGCAGGACGCUGCAAAACACCAUGAUCAACCUGGGGCUGCAGAACGCCUGCGAUGAAGCCAUUUACCAGCUUGGUCUAGACAUGGAGGAGCUGGAGGAGAUGGAGGAGGACGCAGGCCUUGGGAAUGGAGGCCUGGGGCGACUGGCAGCAUGUUUCCUGGAUUCAAUGGCCACCCUGGGUCUGGCAGCCUAUGGUUAUGGCAUUCGGUACGAAUAUGGAAUCUUUAACCAGAAGAUAAGAGGUGGUUGGCAGGUGGAGGAGGCAGAUGAUUGGCUGAGACAUGGAAACCCCUGGGAGAAAGCACGUCCUGAGUACAUGCUGCCAGUCCACUUCUAUGGAAGGAUUGUGGAGACCAAAGACGGGUCCAAAUGGGUGGACACUCAGGUUGUGUUGGCCAUGCCGUACGACACGCCCAUCCCUGGUUACAUGAACAACACGGUCAACACCAUGAGGCUGUGGUCAGCACGAGCUCCCAAUGACUUCAACCUCAGAGACUUUAACGUUGGAGAUUACAUACAGGCAGUGCUGGACAGAAACCUGGCAGAGAACAUCUCCCGCGUUCUUUACCCCAACGACAAUUUCUUCGAAGGAAAAGAACUUCGUCUGAAGCAGGAAUAUUUUGUGGUGGCAGCGACGCUGCAGGACAUCAUCCGCCGCUUCAAAACCACAAAGAAGGGAACGCCGGCACGGACGUCCUUCAAGAGUUUCCCAGACAAGGUUGCCAUUCAGCUGAAUGACACUCAUCCAGCCAUGGCCAUCCCUGAACUGAUGAGGAUCUUUGUGGACAUCGAGAAGCUGGACUGGGACACGGCCUGGGAUCUCACCAGACGCACCUUCGCCUACACCAACCACACGGUCCUGCCUGAGGCUCUGGAGCGAUGGCCCGUCCAGCUGCUGGAGACGCUGCUGCCCAGACAUCUUCAGAUCAUCUACCAGAUCAACCAGGCUCACCUGGAUAAAAUCGCAGUUAUGUUUCCCAAAGACCUUGAAAAGCUGAGGAAAAUGUCUCUGAUCGAGGAGGACGGGUGUAAGAGGGUCAACAUGGCUCAUCUGUGCAUCGUGGGCUCUCACGCCGUCAACGGAGUGGCUGAGAUUCACUCCAACAUCAUCAAGACCCAAGUGUUCCGUGAUUUCAGUGAACUGGAACCGGACAAGUUCCAGAACAAGACUAACGGCAUCACUCCCAGACGCUGGCUGCUGCUGUGUAACCCAGGACUGUCUGAGCUCAUCGCUGAGGUCAUCGGUGAAGAUUACGUCAGGGACCUGAGUCAACUGGAGAGGCUGAAGAUCUUUGUGAACGAUGCUGCGUUCAUCAGAGACGUCUCCAAAGUCAAACAGGACAACAAGCUGAAGUUUGCCCAGUUCCUGGAGAAGGAGUAUCGGGUGAAAAUCAACCCUUCGUCCAUGUUCGACGUCCACGUGAAGAGAAUCCACGAGUACAAGAGGCAGCUGCUCAACUGCCUGCACAUCAUCCACAUGUACAACUGCAUUAGGGAGCAUCCUGCUGCAGCUUUUGUACCACGGACAGUGAUCAUUGGCGGGAAGGCCGCUCCAGGGUAUCACAUGGCUAAAGUGAUCAUCAAACUCAUCACCUCAGUGGCUGAUGUGGUUAACAACGAUCCUCUGGUGGGAGACAAGCUGAAGGUCAUCUUCCUGGAGAACUACAGAGUGUCUCUGGCAGAGAAAGUGAUACCUGCUACUGACCUGUCUGAGCAGAUCUCCACCGCUGGCACCGAAGCCUCAGGAACAGGAAACAUGAAGUUCAUGCUGAACGGAGCUCUGACCAUCGGCACCAUGGAUGGAGCCAACGUGGAGAUGGCGGAGGAGGCUGGAGAGGAGAACCUGUUCAUCUUUGGCAUGAGGGUGGAGGAUGUGGCUCAGCUGGAUAAAGAGGGAUAUGAUGCCAUGACCUACUACCAGAAGGUUCCACAGCUGAAGAAAGUCAUGGAUCAGAUCACCAGUGGAUUUUUCAGCCCCAACAAUCCAGAGCUUUUCAAAGACCUCACAAACAUGCUGUUCAAGUUUGACCGUUUCAAAGUAUUUGCAGACUUCGAAGCCUACUUGAAAUGUCAAGAGAAGGUCAGCCAGCUCUACCAGGAUCCAGUUCAAUGGACCAAGAUGGUGAUCAGAAACAUCGCAGCCACAGGAAAGUUCUCCAGCGAUCGCACCAUCACAGAGUACGCCACCGAGGUGUGGGGGGUGGAGCCUACGGACUUGAAAAUCCCAGCGCCCAAUGAGCCGCGAGAGGCCAUCGAGGAGACGGUCAGAGCCAUGAAGAAAAUGUGAUCAACCACAGAAAAAAAAAGAAACAAAGGUGCCUUCUUGUUUACAGAAUGUUUAAAAAAUGGAAUGUUUAAAAAAAAAUGGAAUGUUUAAAAAAAAAUCACAUAGACCUGUGUGAAAGUCUUAGGCUGCCCAAUUGUUUUGAGAGCAUAAACAUCUUUUCUUUAGGAUACAACCAGAAAAUAUAAAAAGUAUAUGCAGAUGUCUCUGUCUUGGGUGUAAGUCUGUGUAAGGAGGAAACAUUGUGUCCAUGUUUUUGAAGCAAUCCUAUAGGGCAUCAGGUCUGAUCAGUCAUUGGAUUGGCCUCCUUUCUGUUUUUUAUCAUUUAAGUUGAACCAUUUUUACUCUACUUACUUCUACCCUUUUCCAAAAAUGACGACCUUAAAGUUUCACCCCUGAUCUUGUGUUAAGAGGACAGUGCUAUUAUGUUAUUUUGCCAUUAGCAAGCAAGCUAAACGUCUUGAGUGCAAUGUUAAUUUGGUUUCAAGUUGAUUUUUGUAAAACUUUACAGCCCUGUCCUACUGUAUGGGCUAUUAACUCGUAUUAACUGGUUGAUUUAAUACAUCAGUCAUUAAUGUUUUUUAAUAUAUUAAUCGCUCAGGUUAAUUUGCUCCAUUCAUAAAUUCAAAUAUGACCUUGAGAGGAGGCUAAGGAGCUGCAUGUGCUCAGGGGUUUGAGAUCACUGUUCUAGACCAAGGGCUGCCUUGAAAGACUCCCAGUUUUAUACUCUACCUCUAGUGAUAUUUAAAAACAGGUCAGAGGUCAAACUAUUACACACUCUAAGGCCAGGAACAGGUUACUAUUAUAGUACUGCUUAAACGACAGAUACUGUAUAGUUGUGGCUUAAGACUUUUUAACAGUAUUGUACAGUAUUUACUCACUUUUCUUUGUGACAAAGCACUAGACGCUGAACCUUGUCUGUUACAGUCUGUUGGCGUCAAACCUAUGCAGUUAAUACACAGCCACAUUAGGAAGCAAGCUUGAGUAUUUGAAUAGAGUACAGUACAUGAUGGAAGGACCAAAUCUGCAUCUUCAGGAAUUCUGUGGGACGUCAGUCGCAGAACAAUUGACUGAACAAAAAUGUGUGCAAAGUCAGAGAAGAAGGCUGUAUUCUGGGUGGGUAGAAAAAUAUGUGUUCCUUUCAUUCUUUUUCUCCUUCUUUUUCUUGUCUCGUCUGUCGUAUUUCUUCCAGUGUGAAUUAAAAGACUCAGAUUUUA